AUGGCUGUCUUGCGGCAGCAGCAGCCCAUGCUUGCAGGGCUGGGUCUCCUCCAGCUCACCCUCUCAGUGCUCCUCCUCUUCCCUCCUUCGGAGGCUCUCCCUGGGAACACCAAGAGGAGCAGCUCUACGUCUGUGGAGGUAGUGAGAGGGCUCUUCUCCCGAGCCAUCCUCAGUCUUGGUUACCACAAGAUCCUGGAGAUUCCUGUUGGAGCUCAGAACAUCACCAUACGAGAAACCAUCAAGAGCAGGAACUAUCUAGCUCUGGGGACUGGAAGCGGUGUUUCCAUCAUCAAUGGUAACUGGGCAAUCGACAAACCAGGUGUUUACCUUGCUGCGGGAACUAGGCUGACAUAUCGACGGCCAAAUGAGGUCCGCUCCCGCACUGUACCUGUCAGCCCCUCCUAUUCAGACACAGAUAGCCCCUCCUACACUGCCAGCCCCUUCUACACAGUCACCGUCAGCCCCUCCUAUUCAGACACAGAUAGCCCCUCCUACACUGCCAGCCCCUUCUACACAGUCACCGUCAGCCCCUCCUAUUCAGACACAGAUAGCCCCUCCUACACUGCCAGCCCCGCCUAUUCAGACACAGAUAGCCCCUCCUACACUGCCAGCCCCGCCUAUUCAGACACAGAUAGGCCCUCCUACACUGCCAGCCCUGCCUAUUCAGACACAGAUAGCCCCUCCUACACUGCCAGCCCCGCCUAUUCAGACACAGAUAGCCCCUCCUACACUGCCAGCCCCUCCUAUUCAGACACAGAUAGCCCCUCCUACACAGUCACUGCCAGCCCCUCCUAUUCAGACACAGAUAGCCCCGUCUACACAGUCACUGCCAGCCCCUCCUAUUCAGACACAGAUAGCCCCUCCUACACUGCCAGCCCCUCCUAUUCAGACACAGAUAGCCCCUCCUAUACUGCCAGCCCCUCCUAUUCAGACACAGAUAGCCCCUUCUACACAGUCACUGAUAGCCCCUCCUACUCAGACACAGAUAGCCCCUCCCCCACAGUCACUGUUAGCCCCUCCCACACAUAUACUGAUAGCCCCUCCUACACUGCCAGCCCCUCCUAUUCAGACACAGAUAGCCCCUUCUACACAGUCACUGCUAGCCCCUCAUACUCAGACAUAGAUAGCCCCUCCCAUACAGAUAUUGUUACCUCCUUCAACACAAUCGCUGAUUUCUCCACCUACCCAGAAAGUAACCUCAUAGGGAAUGACAUUAUCAAUGAGCAGGAACAUACCAACCAGGUGCCCUCUCACCCCUUUGUGAGCCCUGACUCCUGGAGCAGCUACAUCUGGACCAGCACCGGACACACACCCUGCACCACCACCUGUGGCACCGGCAGGCGCCAGGUGUUGUGGAGGUGUACUGAGAGGAAGACCCAGACCACAGUAGCAAGUGACCUCUGUGGCCCCUCCCUUCCUCCUCUAAACCAUGAAGAGGACUGCAACACCCAACCCUGUCCGGCAUUCUGGGACUUGGGGGAGUGGUCAGAGUGCAGCAAGAGGUGUGGCCCAGGAGUCCAGCACCGGCAGGUCCACUGUCGCCAGGUGACCAAUAACAACAGCAACGGAACGGUGACAAUGGUUACUGUGGGAACGGACCUGUGCGAAGAGGAUGUCACUGCUAUGCCAGCGACAUCAUCGCCAUGCCAACUGAAGGUCUGCAGCCAAUGGCAGUUACGUUCUGAUUGGAGCCCGUGCUCUGUGCCGUGUGGGGUUGGGCAGCGCAGCAGGGAGGUGGUGUGUGUGGGCGGCACGGGAGUCGUGGAGCAGGACCAGGAGUGUAACCUGGCCCUGAAGCCAGACCACCUCCACAACUGUGACAUGGGAGCCUGCGCACGCAGCUGGUACACCUCGCUCUGGAGUCAGCGGUGUUCUGCAGAGUGUGGCAAGGGCAAACGCACCCGAGCAUCUGUGUGUCUUGUCGAUCACGUGACCAACCUCCGAUUGGGCGGCUGUGAAGGGGAGCGACCACAGGAAGUGACAUCAUGUGAUGCCGGGCCAUGUCGCCAACAAAUGGAGUGGUACGCAGGACCCUGGGGACAGUGUUCUGCAGAAUGUGGAAAUGGAACGCAGACCAGAGGCGUGGCAUGUCUCCUUAGAGACGAGGGUCGCCUACAGGCUGUUGACCAAUCCAAAUGUUUCCACUUGCCUCAGCCAAUCAGCUCACAGCCCUGCCAGCUGAAGCUGUGUGGCGUGCAGUGGUACAUGACAGAAUGGAGCGCGUGUUCACGCUCCUGCGAAGGCGGUUACCGCGUGCGUGAGGUGCGCUGCCUUGCCGACAACAUGGCCCCUAGCAACCUCUGUGACCCCAGCUUGACCCCGGAGAGCAGCGCGGAGUGCAACCCCCAGCCCUGUGUAACAGACGCCAGCGUGUCGUGCCGGGACCAGUAUGAUAACUGUGUGGUGGUGGUGCAGGCCAGGCUGUGUGUGUACCCCUACUACAGGACUGCCUGCUGCACUUCCUGUUCGCGUGUGACAAACAAACACCCCUACCCAUACCUGAAGACUCAGCGCCGCAGACACCGCACGCCGGGGCGCUACAGGAAGGCACAUCUGAGGCAGCGGGAAUCUAGAGACUCAGCGCUGACGUGGCGUCAGGGGAACAGGACGAAAGAAGGAAAAGACAGGAGCAUUGGUCCCGCUUCCACCUCUCCACAGCAGGUAACCCACCCCUAG